AUGUCUUCUUUUCAGAUGUUUCUUUUGGCCAAAAACGUACGCUUUUCUCGAAGAACUUUGGUUCCAGUCUUUCAACGGUUGUUAAGCUUGAAUGUGCUGAGCGGUCACAAAGAAAUUCGUACACUUGAAUGUCAUAAUGGCGAAAAGGUUUGUGUUCAUGUUAUUCUUGUCAAGCGUGCAAUUUGCGCUUUGUCUUUGCAAUGUCUGUUUGCAAUGAGGUAUGAGAUCUGAUUACUGAACAAGUCACGGCUAAAAACUCAAAAAAUAUAUUCCCAGUCCCCUAGCUUGCCAACCGUAAAAAACUUCCUUCUGCUACCUGUGUGCGUAAUAAUGUGUUAUAUAAUUAAUUUACGGAAAUUGGAAUUUUAGCAUCUUAUUAAAGACAGGAGGCCAGAAGCUAAAAGACUGAGUCGUUUUAGGCAAACAAUUCUCAUCUCGAGGAAACGAACUAACAAGCUAAGAAUGUACUGAUUAAGACAAGGGCUCAUACCCAAGCCAACAGUUACUCAUCAUCACGCUUUUCCAAUUGUAGGUGAAACCAACCUUCUCGUCCCAAGAAAUGCAACGCCGUCUGGACAUGAUUCGACGCCAUAUGGAGACAAACGGGAUUGACGCAUGCGUAUUUACAUCUUAUCACAACAUACAUUAUUACAGCGAUUUCCUGUACUGUUACUUUGGUCGGCCGUAUGCGCUCAUUGUCACCCCGUCGAAGACGACAAGUGUUUCUGCUGGUAAGCUUUGCUGUAUAAUCUUUUUCUUCUUUUCCCUAUUUUUUAAAUUUUAUUUUUCAGUAAGGUUCUGGUAGUAAUCAUUAAUCACCUUGGAGUGGGAAGGGGGGGGAGGAAGGGGUCGGAAGAUUUUGAAGGGGGGGCCAUUUGGGGAUCAAAAUCCUCCGACCCACCCCACCCCACCCCCUUCCACUGAUGAGAGAUAAUGACCAGUCCUCAACAUUUUGUUUUUGAUAUUCCCUGCAAUGUUUUGUAGCUCGGGGGGGAUGUAAAAAGAAAUAAUUUGGACGUGUUGCUAUCAGCGUUUGCAUGAUAUUCACGAAAACUGCCGAGGCAUUGGACAUUUGUUCGAAAAGUGCAACGCGAUUUUUCUCCAUUUUGCAGGCAUCGACUACGGUCAGCCGUGGCGCCGAACAUUCGGUGAGAACAUCGUAUAUACAGACUGGAAAAGAGACAAUUACUAUCACGCUGUACAACAACAGGUUUGCAUGAGGAUUGCUGUGAUCGUAAAAUUUGUCGCAGGAUAUUUUCGCUUCUUAGCAGUCACUAAGACGUCAAUUAUCUCUACAAGGUUGGCGAUGCGAAAACAGUAGGCCUGGAGUUUGAUUGGGUCCAUCUCGACAGUCACCGAAAGUUCUCCGAUGCUUUACCUUAUGCAAAAUUCGUAGAUGUCAGUCAACCGACCAUGAAAAUGCGCAUGAUUAAAUCUCCCGAAGAAAUUGAACUUAUAAAGCAAGGAGCACGUAUCGCUGAUCUUGGAGGAGAGGCAGUUGUUAAGGCAAUCAAGGAAGGUGCCGCUGAGCACGAGAUUGCUUUGGCGUCAACAAACGCGAUGGUCAAAGAGAUCGCCGACACAUAUCCACAUUCUGAAAUACGAGAUAGUAUGUUUCAAUUGUUCAUUCUUUUUAAAUUCCUUUAUUCAUUUUCUUUUUGUUUCUUGGGAGUCUUCAAUUACAAGAAAAAAUGUGGAGCGCAGGGUUGCCCCCACCCCCGCCCCCACCGCGGUGGCCUGGGUCAAAUUCCUGGACCUGAGUCGCGUUCCACGAAAGUACCAAUAGUUGCCGAUUCCGAAAAAAUACGAGCUUUUCGCUUGUAUUUCGUAAAACUUGAACUGAAGACAUCACAACGGCCAGUUAAAAUAAGGAAGAGUAUAAAAAGAAGCAAUUUAAAACUAAAAAUUGAAACCCUUGUGAAUUCCCAAGCUUUCUCGCAGCCGUUCAUUCGAAUGUCAUGAAGUGCUCCCCCGAAAUUAACGGCAGACUUUUUUUUGGUUAAUUUUAUUGUCGCUCUUGUAUUUCUCAGCAUGGACUUGGUUCCAAUCAGGAAUUAAUACCGAUGGUGCUCAUAAUCCAGUUACCACGCGGCGAUUGCGUAAGGGAGACAUACUCAGUUUGAACUGCUUUCCUAUGAUAGCUGGGUAAGUUGUUGUUUAAAAUUUUUUACGCAAUCUGCUUAACGUCAGGUGUCUGCUAUCUGGGACACUUGCGACAGAGGGCCAAGCGGAGUAAUUACUUGAGUAUAAAUCAUAUAGCUUUGAUUUAAAAGACUUUAUUUACAACGGAAGACUCCGAGGUCCAAUGCUUUGUGCGGUAAUCUCGGAAUCGACAGGUCUGGCUUCAUUAGGUUCCAGUCCUUUCUCUAUGGAGAUGAUAAACAGGAAUUGUAAGAAGAACAUAUGAAUAUGUUUUUGAAAAACUUAAUUUUUAGUUGAAAAGUUGUUGCAGCAUCAUUAUCAGAUCUCCGUUUUCUAUCCCUUUAUUCCGAGCUGCUGGACAAAUAAGGCAACCCGCAGCCAUAAUAAUUUUCCACAAUGCCUGAACAGGCAUGGCAAGCCGGAGCAUUAAUCGACUACUGUGUUUCUUUCCAGUUAGCCCCUUUGCACGUUAAUUCUCAGUUCUGUAUCUUUAUGUCUUCCCUAGAUACUACACAGCACUUGAGCGUACACUCUUUUGUGAUCACGUGCCAUCAGACCGGCAUAUAGAACUCUGGGAAGUCAACUGCAAGGUUCAUCGUCGGGGCCUGGAGCUCAUAAAGCCAGGCGCGCGUUGCAGUGACAUAGCUAACGAACUGAACGAGCUAUACCUCGAACACGAUUUGCUGAAAUAUCGUACGUUUGGAUACGGUCAUUCCUUCGGCGUUCUUUCUCAUUAUUACGGACGUGAAGCUGGGCUGGAAAUCCGCGAAGAUAUCGAGACGGUGUUACAUCCAAACAUGGUGGUAUCCAUGGAACCAAUGAUUACAGUACCCGAGAGGGAGCCUGGUGCAGGUGGAUAUAGAGAACACGAUGUACUGGUUGUCAAGGAAACAGAUAGCGAAAAUAUUACAAAGUUCCCAUAUGGACCAGAACACAAUAUCAUCAAAAACUAAUUCCUGGUAGUUAAUGCAAUCUAUAAGCCACAAAUGCUGUUACUAUGGCUUUUCUUGUAGGGUUUCUACUCUCUACACAGCGAUGUAGGACACACAACCAAUUGUACUAAUGAGCUGACCGUGAAAAAAUGAGUCACCUCAGAGGGACCGGAGAGACAGAGUUAUUAAAACAUAUUUAAUCAUAUUCUAGAUGCUUCCUUUCAUAUAUUUUAUCUACAUACUUCUUUAGGAGCACACUCAUAUCUCCACUUCGUUCCUCCACAUGGAAAUCUAGAUGUUUUUGAAGCUCCCGUGACUAGAAAUUCUUGCCGAACAGAAAGUAUCUUAUAGCAUCGUUCAGAAAUGAAAAAAUACCGAGGGAGAUUCAAAAGCCUAACUGUCGCUCGUCUCUUUUUCCACGAUCCCCCCUUACCCUCUUAGGAUCAGCGUAAGGCUGACUCGCCUCACAUGAAAACGACUAAAUCCACGUUGUGUUUGUCACACAGAGUAAGGCGAAUACCAAUAUAAUCAGGUAAUGUAGUGUUAACAACUGGGUUGAAAACGUAAAGUAGCCACCGUAAAGGGUAAAGAAGCUGACGUUUCGAGCGUUAGCCCUUCGUCAGAGCGAUUAGAGGAAUUGUGGGUUGUGUGUGGGUUUAUAUGCAGAAAGUGGAACUACGCCAUUGGUGGGAAUAUGGUGACGAGAAAACAGGAAUAAAUUAGUUGAAUGAAAAGCGCUCGUUGAUUCCGUGAGG